UACUUCUUCUAAGAGGGUUUUACCAACAGCACCAAUGCCCAAGAAUUCUCCCCAAACAACUGGAUCUUACCGGAGGAGGCAAACAAACUUAGUUGUGGCAGCUGCGAGGAGCAGAGGGGAGAAUGCCCUUAGUCAGUCCUGGGAGCUCGAGGGAGUCGGACUGCCUCGGUAAGAACAUGCACUUUAGGAGCAGUGCUCCCCUUUUGCUGUUGCUGCUUCCUCUUUGUCUGCUGGGGAGGGUAGUGGAGGUGAAAAGUCAGGAGAGGGGGUACCUGCAGGAGGCUCUCAAGGCCUUGGAUCUCCCCCCAGGGAUGGACAACGAACCACAGCUCCAGAGGAACAAAACUGGUCUCCUGAUCACCACGCUUCUUCAGGCAGUGCGCUGUGCAGAGCGAAUUGGGACCUCUCAGGAGAUCUGUGACAAGUGCCUGACACCAGAUGUAGCCAUCUCUGUGCUCGAGGAUGAUGAAAAGGCUUAUUUCACUGAGGAGGACUACCAGCGAAUCGCGACUGUUCUGCUGUACUACACAAUUAACCUGCAAGAUCUGUGUGUGUCAAACACUGCCUCCCCUUCCUCCCUUUCCUCCUCCUCAUCUGGGAACUAUCAGUUCUACGUUUUGGCCCUCACCAAUCUACACCCAGCCGAGGACAACCAGUUCCUCUCACUUAGCGAGACAGAGAGUAUUCUGCAGCUCAUCAACCAGCACUACAACCCGUCCAACCAAGAUACCUCAUCUGAUCUGCAAUGUAUUGAUGCCACUCAUCUACUUGAAGAUGUUGACAUAGAAGAAAAUCCAGGUGCUGGUGAGUCUUCUGUGCCCAAAGUGGCUGCAGCCAUCAUCAGCCAUAUCCUGAAGGGCCACUGUUUCGGACGGAGGAACCUCCCCUCACCUGCCUUCUUUACCGACUACAUCUUUCAAUCCCUGAAUCGUACAAGUAACCUGCAGAUUAUAGACUUAGAGGAGUUGCUUCUUCAGUUGGGAGUGGGUCGGGAGGGAGCCACUCUCUCUCAUGACAGGAAGAGGCGGAGCGUCAUGGGCAGUUCACAGAGAGGAGCGGGGCAUCAGGUGGAUGGCUGUAACCAUGAAACUGGUGGAAUAAACAGAGAUUGGGCACAGGUAUGUUUUUCAGCCAAUCAGUUGGUGGAUAUUUUUGCUCUGGAUCCUCAUUUGCCAAUCUCCAGGGAGCACUUCAGACAAAUUUGCCCGGCCAUUAUUCAGCAGUUGCUAGGCAACGCCUGUGAGUCUGCUGAUCAAAAAACAAGAAGAUCUCUGCCCACUGCUCUCGAGAAGUAUGGCUACAGCACAGCCGCUGUCCUGCUCAUCACGGUAGGCUCCAUGUUCGGUAUCUGCCUGAUCUUCUUCAACUCCUGCCAGGAAACCUACACACUCAUCCUGCAGCUGUUUGUGGGCCUGGCAGUGGGAACCCUCUCAGGAGAUGCUCUCCUGCACCUCAUACCACAGAUUCUGGGCCUCCAUGAUAACACUCACAGUCAUGAUGAUGAGCACUAUACUGAAGGAAAGGAGUAUCUGUGGAAGAUUCUGGGCAUGAUUGCUGGGAUUUAUGGCUUUUUCCUUAUUGAAAGAAUGUUCUCCUUUUUUGUUCCUUCUCAAGGCCAUGGUCACUCCAGUGACCUUCCCUUAGAGCUCAGCUGCAAUGGUCAGUCACAGAGGGGCAAGUCCAUCUCCACCAUACAGCUGGGACCAGUGGAUGACUUGGAGUGUACAGAAGUAUCUCUUGAACAUGCAGACACAAGGAGUCCUUCACAUCAGAGACAAGGGGUUCCUCUGCUGGCUGUGAUGAUAAUCGUGGGAGACAGCCUUCAUAACUUCGCCGAUGGCCUCGUUGUUGGGGCGGCCUUCUCCUUUUCAGCCGAGACUGGCAUGGCGACCACGGUGGCUAUCCUGUGCCACGAGAUCCCGCACGAGAUGGGGGACUUUGCAGUGUUGCUCAGCUCUGGACUCUCAGUGAAGACUGCUGUGCUAAUGAACUUUCUCAGCGCUCUGACAGCCUUUAUGGGCCUCUACAUCGGACUCUUUGUUUCUUCAGAGACAGAGGUGCAGCAGUGGAUCUUUGCUGUCACUGCUGGGAUUUUCCUCUACUUGUCACUUGUAGAAAUGCUUCCUGAGAUGUGUCGAGUGAAGACCGACCGACCAUGUCUCAUGUUUCUCCUACAGAACCUUGGUCUAUUGAUGGGUUGGGCCUGUCUUUUGCUCCUCGCACUCUUUGAACAUGAACUCAAAUUCUAAAUUCUCACACACACACACACACACACACACACACACACACACACACACACACACACACACACACACACACACACCUAAGUGUACAUGACAUACAGUAUCUAUUCAAACAGGUUUGAAGUGAAAUGAGUGUUGACUUGAUUUUUAGCGUUCUUUGAAAUUUUCUUUGACUUGCUGAUUAUUAUCUGCUGCUGUGCACAACUCUCAACUCUAUUUGUGCAAGUGUUAUUGUCAUUACUGGUCAACGAGUGAGUAUUUCAUGAUGUUUUAGUCUCAGCACUGGAUGAUACAGUAAAUAUGUCAUGUAUAGCUGUAUGAAUCCUUUCCUUUUUAUACAUAAUGAAUUAUUUUUGUAUGUGUGGGUGUCAUGGGUGUCUGUAUCUGGACAUUUGAUGUCUAGUUUAAACUUUAAUGACCUUAUUUGGCAGUAUCAAAUGCAAUUGUGCAUAUCUGUUAUUCAGUGAAAUAUUCAUGUUGCCUCAGACAAUCCGAUUAUUUGAUUUUGAAGUCAUUUCUUACCAGCAAUAUACAAAGUAUUAUAAAUUUACUUCUUUUGGUUGAUAUGUAUUUUUUGUCUUUAUAUAGAUAGUAAGCUAGUUCAUGUGGGAAUCUAUUGAUUUUGUACAAUUUUUUUUAGUAUACAUAUUGAUUUGGGUAACAGUUUAUUCUACAGACCUGUAAUUUCUGCAUAAUUUUCUUAAUAUUUUCCAAGAAGUUUCCUUAAAAGACAGUGAAGUUUAGUACAGAUUACAAGGUAAAUAGAGGCAGUAUUCAGCUAGUACACUUUGAAUUAAUUAAUUUCACUUAAAGGGACACUCCGAUGAUUUGAUAUUGCCCUUUGACAAAAUUGGACUGUUGGAUACAGUUAAUAUUUAAUCCAUUUUUAUUUAGUUCCUUUCUGCCUGGUAAAUGGUCAUGUCUUUCAAAGUCAACCUACCCAUUUAUUUCACAGAUAUUAAUAUUAAUAUAUAUAAUAUUAUAAUAUUUUCCUAAUAAUAAGAACUAAAUUACAUACAGUAGUGUUUUCCAGGAAACUCAGGAUAUUAUUAGAGAAAUUAUUAGGAAACUACAAACUCAUAAUAGAGCAUUACCUUAACUGGAACUGCUUAUAAAUACAACAAAGCCCAAUUGGCUUAAUCAGCAACUCUAAUAUUAGGUGCAAAAAAGGACUAAUAGCUUUUUGUUAAACUUAAACUGCUCUAAAAUACUUUUUUUGAAGCCCUGUUUUUACAAACAUUGCUCUCUUUCAGCUUCUCAUCUCCGAGGUAUGGUUCUUUGUUUUUGAGGCCGCUCUGUGAUCCAAUAUGAGGGCACUUCCACCCACCUGAGCCAUUUGUUCUCUUCAUCCACCAACCUGGAUGACUAAUGCUUGCUGUAAAAGACAGACAAAACUCUGGAGCGAACCAGCCCACACGGCGCACGCGCUCUUUACCGGCCAGAGUGGGGCCUGCAGUAGGAGGUGGUGGAA